AUGACUGAGGCCAGGGAGAAAGCAAGGCUCGACCGCCUAGCGCUUGAAGAAAAUGGCAUAUUUUACACCAACGACAUCGACAAGCUCAGCGAAAGUUUCCGUCUCCGGCGGAGUCAUAACGACGUGUAUCGGCGAGCUGCAGAUUUUAUGACUUCCAAUCCCUUGCAAGAUGUCAUUGAACCUAUGGUCCAGUGGCAGUAUCCUCCCCACGUCCUACACCACAAGCACAUGCUCCUCGACAUUAGGACGUUCCUCCCUACCUACUCCGUAGAGGACCUCAAAAAAGACGAGUUAGACGACAUCCCAAAACGAGCGUUUUAUGAUGAUGCGGAAUACGCAGCCCUCUCACGGAACGAGAAACACCGUAUCAAAGAAAGAUACCAGAAGCUCUUUCAAGAAGCUCGCACUACAGCUCGGAAAGCCGUGCAACUUCGAAAAGACCGAGCCUCCGAGUGUGAUUGGCAGUCGUUCUUGGAGAGGGAUCUCUUCGGGCGUUACCAUGAACGACAACUCUCGCCGUUUGAGAAAUCUGAGAGGGACAGCCUAUUUGACACUGACGAAAUGUGCAGCAACGUUCAGUGGAAGGCUCCAACAAAGCCGUCAGAGAACAGCACAUGGACGCCGGACCUACAACAACCAAAGCCCGAUCUAUACUUCGGCUUUCCACUUUUCGACUUCAGCAAGAGGCCCGCCAAAGGACUGGAAUUGAGUGAGCUGUCGCUAAACUUCUCCUUAGAGAGGUUAAAAAAGAGGUCUCUAGAUGUGAAGUUUGUAUGUUCUCCUGUUGGAAACCUGCUCCAUCUAUCACGGAAGGUACCCACCAAGAACCGGACGUGCUUCCCUUUCGCCGUCGUUGAGAUGAAGCAUGGUUCCGUCGACGGUACGCAACGACAAUUCUGCUAUUGCCAGGCCGCCAAUGGAUCCUCGAGGGCAUUGACCAUUCUCGAGAGGGUGUAUCAUAUCGGCAACCGGCAUCCGAAGAACCACCAUGUGCCGGCGGUUUUCGCCUUUACCUGUAUCGGACCGUCAGUCAUGGUGUGCAUCAAGGCGACAGAGCUGACUUCUACAUGGGCCGUUUUGGAAUUCCACGCCAUCAUCAGCAACAUGCUGCGCUGGGCUACGCGAGUUCACAAGCCUGAUCUUUCAGCGCGGCUCAGUGAACAGCAGCUUCAAAUCGAUGAGAAGGAUGAGAUGGAGAGGCUGCAGAAAGUUCAUCGGAAGGAAAAAGCGGAUCUCGCCAAAACUAUACAGAAGAACGAACGAGAGAUUGCGGACCUACGAAUGAAGCUCGAAAGCCACAAGGACUCCGACGAAAGCUCGCAACAGCUGGAAAGCGAGAAAUCGUGUCCGACUCAUACAAGAGCGACAAAACGAAAGUCUAGAGAGGAAGAGUGUACACCAGCGCCCUCCAAGCGCAGAGCAAUGGACGACACGUCGCAGGAAAUCCCAAACUCAACGAGAGCAAUGUCACCCGACAUCCCCGUGACAAACAUCCACAAGAAAUUCGUCCGAUACUUCCUAAGCGAGGUGUAUGAUCAAUACUGA